CUCUUCCUCUCCCUCGCUCUGUGCGUGAGCGGCUGUUACUGAAGAUACAGCCACUGUUAGCGAGAGCCAGUGAGGCAUCUGUAUCACAUCGGAGACACAUUUAAAGAGCACUUUACCUGGCCUACGUCAAAAUUUAUCCACAAAAGUUAUCCUAAGUCAACUCAGCUGAAGACUAAAGUCAUCUCGGAGAGUAAGAAAUGGACUGUCACAAUGAGGAGUGCAGCCGGCCCCAGGAGGAGGAGGACAUCAUGGACAUCCCCCUGGAUGACCCCGAGGCUAACAGGGCUGCUGCCAAGAUCCAGGCGGGCUUUCGUGGCCACAUGACCCGUAAGAAGAUGAAGCCAGAGGACAAAACUGAAGGGGAGGAGGUGAGCAGCACUGGGGAUGUGCUCAACAGCCAGGGGGUCUCAGAGACAGGAAGAUCGGGGGCAGUAGGGAGAGACGACACAUCUGUGCCGGAACAGUGACGCCCCUGUCCUGACCUGGAUGGAAGGGAGGAGGAGGAGUUAAGGUAGUGGGAGAAGUUUGGCUUAAGCUGGUUGAGCUGGCUUUCAGGCACACCUUUUUGCACCCCCGCCCCCAACCUCAAGUCAUUUUCUUUCUUUCUUUUUUUAAACACAAAUUAUCUGUAGAAAAUGAACAGUUUUGAGGGUGUGUUAUGUGAUUUUUGUGAACUUUAACACUCCCGCUCUGCUUCUUCAGCAGCCUCAUCCGUGCGGAUGUGUUUGACCCAGAA